ACCCAGUCCUGAUAAGGGACAGUCAGUCAUUCUCUCACCCUAUAGACAGAACGAGCUCUGGUUCCUUACCACACAUCUGCUGCCAGACAGGACCCAGCAUCACCCUUCCCUGUACUACAGAAAGGUGAGACCCAUGGAGGCUAGCUGAUGUGUCUGAUCUUUUCCACCCACCAGGAAAAUCUGGAUGUGUCUCCUGGAUGCUCAGAGACAAUGUCUAUGUUUGAGGAUGUCACCCGGGCCCUGGCUAGACAGCUGAACCCUCGAGGGGAUCUGACACCCCUAGACAGCCUCAUCGACUUCAAACGCUUCCAUCCCUUCUGCCUGGUGCUGAGGAAGAGGAAGAGCACACUGUUCUGGGGAGCCCGCUAUGUGCGCACCGACUACACUCUCCUGGAUGUGCUGGAGCCGGGCAGCUCCCCCUCAGAUCCAACACUCCUUGGCAAUUUUAGCUUUAAGAAUAUGCUGGAUGUCAGAGUAGAGGGAGAUGUGGAGGUGCCAACAAUGAUGAAGGUAAAGGGGACUGUGGGCCUGUCACAAAGCAGCACGCUGGAGGUACAGAUGCUCAGUGUGGCUCCCACGGCUCUGGAGAACUUGCACAUGGAGAGGAAACUGUCAGCAGACCACCCGUUCCUGAAGGAGAUGCGGGAAUACAAGCAAAACCUGUAUGUGGUGAUGGAGGUGGUGAAAGCCAAGCAGGAAGUCACUCUGAAGCGAGCUAGCAACGCAAUUUCCAAAUUCUCUCUCAACCUUCCCUCACUGGGACUACAGGGAUCCGUGAACCACAAGGAGGCUGUAACCAUCCCCAAGGGCUGUGUUCUGGCCUAUCGAGUGAGACAACUGAUCAUCUAUGGGAAAGAUGAGUGGGGCAUUCCAUACAUUUGUACUGACAACAUGCCAACCUUUAACCCCCUGUGUGUGCUUCAGAGACAAGGCAGUACUGUCCAGAUGAUAUCUGGGGAGAUGCACGAAGACUUCAAGACAUUAAAGAAAGAGGUUCAGCAAGAGACUCAAGAAGUGGAGAAGUUGAGUCCAGUGGGGCGAAGCUCCCUACUCACUUCCCUCAGCCAUCUCCUAGGAAAGAAGAAAGAGCUCCAGGACCUUGAGCAGAUGCUUGAAGGGGCUCUAGACAAGGGACACGAAGUGACCCUUGAAGCACUCCCCAAAGAUGUCCUGCUGUUAAAGGACGCUAUGGACGCCAUCCUCUACUUCCUCGGGGCUCUGACAGAGCUAAGUGAAGAACAACUGAAGAUUCUAGUAAAAUCCUUGGAGAACAAGGUCCUACCGGUGCAACUGAAGCUGGUUGAGAGCAUCUUGGAACAGAACUUCCUGCAAGAUAAAGAGGAUGUUUUCCCCCUGCGACCUGAUCUGCUCUCCUCCCUCGGGGAGGAGGACCAGAUUCUAACAGAAGCACUGGUGGGACUAAGCGGCCUGGAAGUCCAGAGAUCAGGGCCCCAGUACACGUGGAAUCCAGACACUUGUCACAACCUCUGUGCCCUCUAUGCUGGCCUCUCCCUCCUUCACCUGCUAAGCAGGGAUUCCUAAUGCAACUUCUCUGCCUGCUGCCCUAAAGCCUUCCCGGCCUUACUGUGCUCUGUCUGAAACACUCCAAGAUGGUGGCAUUCACCUUUAAUCCCAGCAGUCAGGAGGCAGAGGCAGUGAGUUCAAGACCAGCCUUGUCUACAGGCUGGUUCCAGGAUAACAAGGGCUAUGUUGUCUCAAAAAUAAAUAAAUAAAAAUAUCAAAUAAAUUAGU